CGCCCACCACCCUACCACUUCGUUGAAUAUCCAACAUGAAGUUCACAGCUGCCGCCGCCUUCGCUGCCCUCGCGCUCAUGACAGCCUCCCCUGUGGGUGCCGGGCCCAUCGCUUACGGUGUCUGCCAGACCGGCUGUAACGCAGUCGCUGUCGCCUGCUACGCCGCCGCUGGUUUCCAGUUCGGCACGGUCGUGGCGGCUGUUGCGGCCCCGGCAACGAUCCUCGCAUGCAACGCUGCACUCGGGACCUGCUCUACGAUGUGCGCCACUGUGGCUCUCUUUGCCCCUACUCCGUGAGGAAUGCUCUUAGUGUCGGCGUCGAGUCCGCCAUUGCCUGGUUGCACAACAUGACUAGCCUGUGCAUCGUAAUCGUCUUAUUCGUGCAAGUGAUUUGCUAUCGUCCUGUAAUAUAUUGUUGCACUCCACUG